AAACUUUACCCGGGGUAACAGCCGAGGCGCUUUACGGCGGCGGCGACUGGGUGAGAUCCUUGGCGGCGGCGGUGGAGGCGGCCGCGGCGGUGAAGGAGGCGGCGGCGGCGGUGGCUGAGGAAGAGGAGUGGCGGCAGCGGCGGGGACCGGUGCGGGGAUGGCGGAGGUACCGCCUGGGCCUAGCAGCCUCCUCCCACCACCAGCACCUCCGGGCCCGGCGGCGGCCGAGCCCCGUUGCCCCUUCCCGGCGGGGGCCGCCGUCGCCUGCUGCAGCGAGGAGGAGGAGGACGACGAGGAGCACGAAGGCGGCGGCAGGAGCCCGGCGAGCGGCGAGGCGACCGCGGCGACCCAGGGGCAUCGGUGCCUCCGCUGCCCGCAGCCGUCGCAGGAGCAGCCGCAGCUCAACGGAUUGAUCAGCCCCGAACUGCGACACCUCCGGGCAGCCGCCUCGCUCAAGAGCAAGGUCCUGAGUGCAGCAGCGGAGGCGGCCGCCGCCACGGCCACCCCCGACGGGGCCCCCAAAGCGACUGCCACAAAAGGAGCCGGGGUACACUCGGGCGAGAGACCCCCUCACCCCCUUCCUAAUAAUGCAAGGACUGCGCUCUCCAGCCCAGCAGAGGCGGCGGCCAGCGACCCCGCGGCGGCCCGCAAUGGACUGGCCGAGGGCACUGAGCCCGAGGAGUUGGAGGAGGAGGAGGAGGACGAGCAGGUGCGGCUGCUGUCUUCGUCCCUGACCGCCGGCUGCAGUUUAAGAAGCCCCUCGGGCAGGGAGGUCGAGCCUGGGGAGGAUCGGACGAUACGAUAUGUCCGAUAUGAAUCCGAGCUCCAAAUGCCUGAUAUCAUGAGACUGAUCACCAAAGAUCUGUCUGAACCCUACUCCAUUUAUACCUAUAGAUAUUUUAUCCACAACUGGCCACAGCUGUGCUUCUUGGCCAUGGUAGGGGAGGAGUGUGUAGGUGCCAUCGUUUGCAAGUUGGAUAUGCACAAAAAGAUGUUCCGCAGAGGUUAUAUAGCCAUGUUAGCCGUGGAUUCCAAAUACAGGAGAAAUGGCAUUGGUACUAACUUGGUUAAGAAAGCUAUAUAUGCCAUGGUUGAAGGUGACUGUGAUGAGGUUGUUUUGGAAACAGAAAUAACAAAUAAGUCUGCAUUGAAACUUUAUGAAAAUCUUGGUUUUGUUCGAGAUAAGAGGCUGUUCAGAUACUAUUUAAAUGGAGUUGAUGCACUGCGACUUAAACUGUGGCUGCGUUGAGAAACUGCCUUCAAGAACAACUUCCAGCCACACAGAAUUGACCUUUGCAUGCAAUGCAAUUUGUACAGAAUUGCUUUGCAGGUGGAUUUAGUAAUUUCCAUGCAGCUCUUAUCUGUCAGUGUCUCAUUGAGUGUCGCACAAUAUUUGUUGCACUUUGGCAUGGCGCAUUUGUUCUGAAUUAAAAGAGAUUGUUUUAAACUUCAAGAGUUCUUUUGGUACCAACAAGAUGUGCCAGUUGAAUAGCCAAGAUUUGUUCAUUUGCAAAGUCUACUGACAAUGUUAUUUGCAUAGUGAUCAUUUUAUCACAGAACCAGUAAGUAGAACAUAAUUUUUGUUCCUUACAAAAAGCCAAUGUAGAGUGUAAAAAUCUCUUUAAGUAUACUAACAUUUCACACAAAACCUGCUGUAGUUUUCUGAAAGGGGUGAGGGAAAAGCUUUCAACUUUAGGUUUUAUUUUUUCAAAAUUAAAAUUUCCAUUCUUAAAUAUUGGUACCUCAGUGAUUAGUGAAUGAAAAAAUGUAGGGUGGGCUAUGUCUUACAAGUGAAGAUAACAAUUAAAUUGCGUCUGUCAGUGCCUGUGUAGAUAAGUAUUUUUGUCUUCAUCUCUUAGUUUUUCAAAUGCAUGUUGUUUUUUCCUUUAAGGCCUUUGCAAGCAAACUUUUGUUUUUAUUUAAAUUCUAAAUUUGAUAAUAAAUUAUUUCAGAUUUUUAUUAUUUGGAUACUUUUUCCAGGUGAGUGACAGAGUGGUUUACUUUAGAAGUCCCUUCUUUCCUUACAGUAAGAAAUUGAAUCUACUUGGAAAAUCUGAGAAAUGUCUCAAAAGGGAUAAGAAAAGUUGAUGGAGCCGGGAAUUGCUGGGUUUUGGAUGCACUUUUUUUUUUUUUUAGAGUGGGGAAUUUUGGGAAAAGAAUAGAAAAUUAGUGUAAAUUGGUAUGAUUUUAUUUAAUCAAAAUUAUUGCUAAGCUGUGAAGAACAGCUUCAAUAAAGUAGCUGGAAUUUUUUUUUUCCCACUUGAUUUGGAGUCACAUUUUUGCUUCCAUUUCUUAAAAUGCUUCAUUUUUAGUUCUUAAUCUUGGAAAUAGAUUUCAAGGUGCAAGUAUCCAUUUUAAGCUGCUUUUAUUUUCUUUUCACUUGUAUGAUCAGAUUCUUAUGGAAACUUUGCUUUGUUCAUCCAGAAAAACAAAAGGGAGAAAUGAAAAUCUUUUUAAUGAGUUCUUGGGGUUUUCUGAACAGCCAAUGUGUUCUGGCUAAUCAGUGCAGUAUAACAAUUUUUAAAGUUAAUUGCUUUCCAUUGAGUCAGUAAACCUGUAGUGGAUAAUUAAUUUAACUGGAAAACCUAGGUUCCCAUAAGAAAAAAAAAUUCAUUCUCUGAAAAAUGUUUUGUAGGAAUCUGUGCUGUUGUUAUUUUUCAUUUAAAUAUGCUUUACUUCUGCUCUAGGAUUUGGUUUGAAGUUAAUGGCUGUAAUUACUGUAUUUUUAAAAAACCCUACCUCCAUUAGCAGUUGGUAAAGGCCCCUUUUCAGGAAAGUUGGUUACUUUUUAUUUUUUUAAAGGAAAGCUGCUCUUUGCUCAGUAUAGUGUUUUGAAAGUGAACAUGGUAACAAGUACUUCUAAAACACAGAUGCACAAUUUAUAUUUGAUGAAAAUAAAACUUCCUGCUGGUGGGAUCAUUUAUAAUUUCUUAUUUUUAGGAAAACACUCGCCUUUCAUUUUAUAUUGCUCUUUAAAGUUUAAUGGGCAGAACACUGGGUAUAUUAAAAAGCCCACAUAGUACUCAGCUCUUCAGCUGACCAUUUUGAGACUGUUUUUGGUCCCACUUCAUUUGGGCUGUAGCAUUUAGAAGAAUGCCAGUCAUAGUGAUGCUUUUAUUAUUUUUAAUAUGAAGGAACCUAGCUAAAACACUGUCCUUAUAUCAGGUUUUAUUUCACCCCUUUAUAUUUGACUUGCUGGUUCAUAGGUAAUAAUUGUUUAUGAACAUAAAUUUGCUUGACUCACUAAAUGGGGACAGUCGUAAGUAGAUACAUGCUAGAUUAUCUGUUCAGCCAUUUUUAUGUUUUUGGUGGGUUGUCAAUGAAACCAUCACUACUGACCCUUAACCCUAAAAUUGCUGAGUUAAUUGAACUGAUUGUCUGGGCUUUUGUAAACGUGACCUUAACUAUGUUACUAAAAAAUGGAAUCAUUGCCAUAUUGUUGAACUGUUUUAUGUUAUCAGUGUCUAAUUGGGUGUGCAAAAAUUGUUUACCUAAAGUUUCGACGGUAGCAUGUUAACCUGCUACCAAAACUAAAAGUCUCCAAGUUGAAAUAACAUCAAACAUUAAUUUACUUUGAUAUUAGGCUCUCAUUUUUCUUAUCUCAGCUUAAAAUAGUCUUGUUUAUAAUUGACAGUGGGUUCACUUGGCUAAAACUGAGCAAAACUGGUGCAACUUUCUUUUAUUGGGGUGCUGCCUCUUUAAAACUGACUGUACUAUCCACUGACACUGGUUUGGCAGGUGAUACUGCUGAACAUUUUAAUACAUGCUACAAUGAAGCUAUAUAUGUUAGUAUUGAAGCUAACGGGUAUACUACCAGUUUUGAUUGUGGACUGACUUUAAUUUCCCUUACACUGGGAUGAAACUACUUACUCUGUAGAAGUCCACAGAUCUGAAACCACACAGUAGUUUUUGAAGUUUAAGCCAGCAAAAUAAAAAAGAAAAAAAAUUAAAACUAUUAAAAUUGGUUUUAAUACUUUCUGCCUCUCUUCUCCGAAUUACCCUUCCCACUUGCUUGACAAAUCUAUGUAAAGGGGUUUGUUUGUCAUGUUUUAACUUUACCUUGCCCUGUGUUACGGUAUUGGCUGAUGUGUAUAAGACUGGAUGUGUAUAUUUAUUAUGGUGUCUACAAAUCAUGAAGUUCAUCACUUUCCAGGCGCAUAGAUCAAAUCAAAUCAAAUUGCUAGUCAUCAGAGUUGCUUUUCAGUGCACCUUGACAUCACUGAAACGAGUGCUAUGAAAUUACAGGGCUUUCAGGUUUGUAAAAAACAUAACCAUAAAUUAUAUUGACGUCAGAUAUGAGUUGAGUAUCUAUAAAAUAUUACGUGUAUCUCAAAAUAUUGGACUGCUGUUUGGUGACUGGAUAUUGCUGCAUAAUUUUCUCCUAUUGUCCCAUAUCCUUUUGGAGAGAGCGAUUUAAUGGGAUUUGAAAUGUGCAAGCUGUCUAAGAUACAGUCAAAUAAAGUAUGGUUAAGUUGUG